AGACGUAGAGGCUCGGGUGUUUUUUGUGCCAAUUGCCUGACCACAAAGACCUCACUCUGGCGAAAGAACGCAAAUGGAGGAUAUGUCUGCAAUGCGUGUGGUCUCUACCAGAAGCUUCAUUCGACUCCCAGGCCUUUAAACAUCAUUAAGCAGAACAACGGUGAGCAGAUCAUUAGGCGACGGACAAGAAAACGCCUUAACCCAGAGGCACUUCAGGCUGAGCAGCUAAACAAACAACAGAGAGGGAACAGCGAGGAACAGGUCAACGGCAGCCCAUUAGACAGGAGGUCAGAAGAUCAUUUAACAGAAGGUCAUCAGAGAGAAAUCCAGCUUCCCAGCCUAAGUAAAUAUGAAGCCCAGGGUUCAUUGACUAAAAGCCAUUCCGCUCCUCAGUCAAUACUGGUUGGCCAAUCUCUGGAUAUUCAUAAAAGGAUGCAACCUUUGCACAUUCAGAUAAAAAGUCCUCAGGAAAGUUCUGGAGACCCAGGCAAUAGUUCCUCCAUAUCAGAAGGAAAAGGAAGCUCAGAGAGAGGCAGUCCAAUAGAGAAAUACAUGAGACCUGCUAAACACCUAAACUAUUCACCACCUGGAAGUCCGAUUGAGAAGUACCAGUACCCACUUUUUGGACUUCCGUUUGUACACAAUGAGUUUCAAAGUGAAGCUGAUUGGCUGAGAUUCUGGAGUAAAUAUAAGCUUUCCGUUCCUGGGAAUCCACACUACUUGAGUCAUGUGCCUGGCCUACCAAAUCCUUGCCAAAACUAUGUGCCUUAUCCCACCUUUAAUCUGCCUCCUCAUUUUUCAGCUGUUGGAUCUGACAAUGACAUUCCUCUAGAUUUGGCGAUAAAACAUUCCAGACCUGGGGCGACUGCAAAUGGUGCCUCUAAGGAGAAAGCUAAGACAGCAUCAAAUGUAAAAAAUGAAGGUUCCUUGAAUGUAGUUAAAACCGAGAAAGUUGACCGAAGUACUCAAGAUGAUCUAUCAACCAAGUGUGUGCACUGUGGCAUUGUCUUUCUGGAUGAAGUGAUGUAUGCCUUGCAUAUGAGUUGCCAUGGUGACAGUGGACCUUUUCAAUGCAGCAUAUGCCAAUAUUUUUGCACGGACAAGUAUGACUUCACCACUCACAUCCAGAGGGGCCUACAUAAGAACAAUGCACAAGCGGAAACGAAUGGCAAACCGAAAGAGUAAAAUUAAAUAAAAUAAAUAAAAUAAAAACCUUAGCACUUAGCACAAUUAAACAGAAAUAGGUUUCCUUGAUGGGAAUUCAAUAGCUUGUAAUGUCUUAAGCACUUCAUAUAGCAAGCAUGCCUUAUCCAAUAUACAAUCUUUUAUUCUUCCCUCCUUUUGCUUCAUACAAGCAAACUAAAAGUUCUUAAGAAAGACAAUUAUUAAAAAAAAGGAUGGCAGCUGGAAUGGGGGAGGGGUAAGGAAUCAAUCACUCGGGACCCAUCCUGCAAAAUAUAUAUAUAUAUAAAUAAGAAAGAAAGAAAGAAAUCUAUACAAAAGACACUAUAUCAGGGAAGGUCUCUUUGCAAAACUUAACCAGACAAAUAAUGCUUUUGUUCCUGUACAAGAAACAUAGCUGGCUAGAAUGCAAAGAUGUAUAAUGCUGAAGCAGGUGUACAGUACACAUAUGCACAUUGUAUAGUGAAAUGGACUUGUUAAAUAAACUGA